UGAAUCCGUGGUGGAUAUGAUAUAAGUUCAGGCUGAACCCCGUUUAACCGCGUUCACGAUCCUCAUCAUCGUCGCCGUCUCAUAGAGUUCUUCUCUUUCCGUCUCCUUAGGCGUUCUUUCCUACGUAUAUCGUUUACAAUUCUCACUUCUUUGGAGAUUGGUCGUUGUAUUUCUCGUAUUCUAGACUCUUCAAAUUUCGUUAAUAGAGCACGCCAAAUCUCGGCUCGGGAAGCUCUCUCUCAUCUUGCAUCUGCAUAUACCUACCUACCUACAAUACAACGCAGGCGCAUACUACCUGGGUACGCGCAUUGCUAUUCUAUUCUAUUCUAAGCGCCGACCAACCACUCACCCACCACACUCAUACAUGACACCCGGCCACGGCCAGCUAAGAAACAUUACAUCGUCCUCAGCUGCCGCCUGCAUUAUUAGUUACCCCAGUUACUGUCGAAGUACCUUUGUAUAGCCAGGAAGUCUUUGUCUUCCUCUAGUCCACCCUGCCUGUCUUAUAAUAUCUCUUCGAUACCGUUCCUUCUAGAUCCCGAACUUUUUUUUUGGUCUGGAAGGGAACCUUCAAAAUGCAGUCAAAAAGUCUAUUUGCGUUGCUCACAGCUCUCGCUGUCACCUCUGCCUCUCCGCUACGGCGAAGGUGUAGCAACAGUACUAUUCCGACCACUACCAACCCAGUUAACUCUACCUCGGCGGCUGUUACUCCAACCCUACCUACAACUGGCUCCGGAACCCAACUCGACGGCCCCGGUUCCGCCACCCUUAAACACAUCCUCGUCGGCCACGGCAUCCAGAACUACACCUGCAGCGCCGCAGGCGCAACCGCCACAUCCAUCGGCGCCCUAGCCGUGCUCUGGGACAUCGCCGCCCUAUACCCCGGAGCCUCCUCGUCCUCGCUCUCCGCAGACGCCUUCCAACAGCUGACCUCCACCGUCCUACGCACGACGCAGAUCCCGCUAAACAUGGCGGCCGCCGCCGCGGACGGCACCAGCACCGGCGCAGUGGUGGCCUCGCCGUUCCCGGCUCCCGUGGACCUCGUCAUCGACGGCGUCGCGAGCGCCGUCCAGUUCAUGGGCCACCACUUCUUCGACGACGAGGGCACGCCGACGAUCGACCUGUCGGGCGCCGGCGACGGCGAGUAUUUCAAGGGCAAGAAGGACGCGAACGUGUCGGCGCCGAGCGACGCCGACGCCGGCGUAGACCCGGCUACGGGGGCCGUGGACUGGCUCCGGCUCAGCGACAAAGGCACAAGCGUCGGCAUCAGCCUCGUGUACCGCGUGCUGACGGCCGGCGGGGACCCCGACGUUUGUACGGAGGCCGGGCAGGCGAUGAGCGUGCCGUAUAGUGCUCAAUAUUGGGUUUAUGGGAACUGAGGUUGUUUACUCGAGUUCUUAUCGCUUGGAUACAUCGAUUACGUGAAUUGGCAUCGGACGAGAUACUCUAGGCGGCGAACCUGACGCGGUUGCGAACUUGAGACAGCACGCGGAGGUACUUUAAUAUGGCAGGGCACAAAUCACUGGCGUUUGGGAUUCUUACGGGUAUAUAACUCGUAUCGCGGGCAAAGGUGGGCACUGAAGAUAUUGGAUGGUUGGGUCAUUUACAUAUUUAGGCUUGGUUUGCCUCCUUCUAUUUCUUCUUAGAUAUAUUCCUUUUUUUCGUGGGGGUUUCUUGGUCGUCACCAUGUAGGAAAAAAAGCCGAGGGAGAACAUAACCCCCUUUUUGUUCUUACUGCUGGGCGCGGAAACG